UCUGCGAAUAUCACCAUGAAGUUCUUACAAGCACAAAUAGCACAGAAAAGGGUUCAAAUCCAGCAAGGAAUGCAAAGAGCAAGUGUUGCACCGGUUGUCGACCUUUCUGCUCGCAACAAAGCCGCAGUGAAUAUGCGCCGAAUCCAGCCCGUGAGAGCUCUGCCGAUAACGGAUUGUGCACCUCCUUCAUUUUUACCGAAGGGAGCCGUAGAAGAUAGUGUCAACCUAUUCGGUGAAUAUAUAGUAAAAAAUGAAUAUCAACCAGCAGUACCUAAUGAAUACAUAGCGUUCAAGCGCAAGGCCGAAGAACGCGAAGCUCGUGAAAGGCAUGCGAGAGAAGUGGCAGAAAGGUUAAGUCGUGAUCAUAAAGAGGAAGAGAGGAAAAGGCAGAAAGGUGCUGCUAUUGCUCCACCACAGGCGCUUCUUGAACCGGGUUCUCCACCGAAGGAGGUGAAUUCGUCGACAUCGAGUUCUAUGCCGCCGCCAGCAUUUCUACCUUCAUUUGGCAAAGCCACUUCAAAGGGUCUUGGCGUAGCAGCUAAUAUAAUGAGUAAAUUUGGUUAUAAACACGGAGCAGGUUUAGGUCGUGAUGAACAAGGGAUGAGUACGGCGUUAUCUGUAGAAAAGUUAGGGAAGAAUGCCGGACUCAUUAUUAAUGAAAGCCAAGGUGCGUCUUCUACUCAACCAGCUCCUCCUAUGGGUGUUGCUCCAAUUAACAUGGCGGAAGCUAUGCGAAGAUCCACAAAGGUCCUUAUGCUUACGAACAUGGUUGGACCGGAUGAGGUCGAUGAUGAGCUUGAGCCUGAAAUACGGGAAGAGAUGGCUAAAUAUGGUCAAGUAGCCUCUGUCAUCAUUCAUAAGAUGGAUGGUGUUAGUGAAGAUGUUGCUGUGCGAAUUUUUGUGGAGUUCACUAAUGUUGCACAAGCUAUUAAGGCCUUUGUUGUAAUGAACGGCCGAUUUUUUGGAGGCAGAUCUGUAGCUGCUUCAUUCUACUCCGUCGAUGACUUCAAUAACAAAGAUUAUAACCGCUAA